UGGUAGCUAGGGKUCAGGAGGACUUAUGAGAGAGGGGGGUGAGUCGUUAUCCAUCUUUGGAGGCCGGGCCUCACAGGUUAGACAAGAGAGGAUCUCCAACUAAUCUGAUCGGGCCCGUUCGAUAAGUCAGUCCUCUUCUGUUUUAUUUUUUAUUUUUUUUAUUUAUUCUUUUAUUCUGCUGCGUGCCAUUCUCCAAGUCCAAAUGAAUUGCCGCUCCGGCUAGGAGUUCUACCUUCUACUCUGUGUGUUUUACUGAUUGUUUCUUUCAUCUGAACUAUCUAUGUCCGGUAUUGAGACACGUGCGCAGACAGCGGGAAGAGAGAGAAGGGAGAGAGAAGGUGUUCUGUUUGAGAGUGUGAGGAAGGGCAAGAGGAGUGUUCGUCCAAACGUGAGGAGAGAGCGGACCCCUCUUGAGAGAUCUACUAACACCCCUUCCUCCGGCAUGGCGGACAUCACAUCUGCCCAAUGGCAGGCCAUGCUGGACGCAGCGGACGAGAACGAGAAACCGUUCUUCCAAAAGCUUUAUGACGAUGCCGUGCAGAGGGAGAGAGAGGCAGAGGCAACAGCCAGAGCCACACGCAUUGCUGAUCAGGUGGCCCUCCUGCAGGUCCCGGAAGCUAAUGCUGACCGGUUCCAAGAAAGGAUAGCUGCUGCCGUAGCAGCCUUGGUUCGACUGCAGACCUUGGAAGAUCUCGAGUCCCGUGUGACGGCACUGGAGCAGCGGAACCAAGAGCUGCAGGCUGAGAUACUCAGCCUUAAACAGUCCCAACUGUCUGCCCCUCGUCCUCCUAACCCUCGACCUGCUGCAGUCCCAGCCUCUCAAUCUAACACAGUCCUCAUGGCAAGAGCAAGUGGAACUGUGACGAGCGCAGGGACCGGUGCCAGCUCCUCAAGCGGCAGCGCCGGCAGUUCUGCAGUAGUCAUAGUCCCAAAUGCAGGGACAACAACCCAAAACGCCACAGUCCUUACUGGCGUACAGUACAGCGGUCCCGUAGUGGACAAGCGGGCGGCCACUUUGCCGUCCAAGUACGACGGGAAGGCGGAUAUCACCUCUUGGAUUAGUUCCAUGCGCUCAUACUUCGAGGUUAUGCGGACACCGCAGGAAGACCGAAGCAUGAUCAUGGGCACUAAUACUGAGCCCGCCGUACGGAGUCACAAUGAGCUCCAAGCUGUUGCUACAGGUUAUGAAAGAAUUGACCUGACUGAGUGGCUGAAGCUCAAGCAGCAACGCCGUGUUCAAGGGAGUGUGGAGCUAACCUUCUUCAAACUGCUCAUUAACCGCCGAUACAUCCGCGUGCUGAUUGAUAGUGGAUCAACCACUAACUUCUUUUCUCCUAACGCUAUUCGUAAGGCGGGUCUGGGAAUGAGGCAAGUGGAACUGCAAAACCCUUGUCAGACCCAGGUGGGCAACCAAGAGGUUGUCACCUCCACACAUGCUGUCAAAGGUGUGCGCGUCACCUUUGACAAGGAUCACACUGUCACACAUGAGCUCAACUUUUAUGUCAUGGACAGGUGUCCGUUCGACGCGGUCAUUGGCUUGGGCUGGUUAAAGGCUCAUUGCCUAAGGACCACGUGGGCGGACAAUCAGUUUGUGGUGCGUGAUGCCAAGGGGAACGAGCGUACCAUCCUAUUGGAUGAGACGCGCGAGUUCCCUAUGACUCUUCUAAGUGCAAACAAAUUCUGCAAAUCAGUGCGCAGACGCAAGGAAGUGGAGAAUGUACAUGUAGCUUUUGUAAAACCUCUCCAUGUGCCUUCUACUUUUGCUGCAUUUUCUACCUCAGUAAGUAACUCAACUUCUAUUUCAUCUACUUCUACUGUGAAUAAUCCCUCUACUUCUGGUCCAAGUACUUCAAAUCCGGUUGUAAUUGCUGUAAAUUCUCGAUCUGAUUUUCUUUCGCCUGAUGAGGAUGAUCCUCCACCAGAAGUCCCAACAAACAUUUGCCAGCUAUUAGAUCGAUUCCCUGAAGUUCUAGCCGAACCUCGUGGAGUUCCCGAGCGUCCGAUCAAACAUAAGAUCGAGAUAAUAGAAGGGAGUGUUCCUCCAAAGGGUUGCGUCUCCCAUAUGGGACAAGGCGAGUUGGAGGAGUUGAGGAGGCAGAUUGAUGACAUGAUCAACUGUGGAUGGAUUAGGCCUAGUGAGUCUGAGUUCGGUGCACCUAUCCUGUUUGUGCCAAAGAAAGGAGGCAAACUCCGGAUGUGUAUUGACUAUCGUGGCCUUAAUCGGAUCACCAGAAAGAAUGCUUACCCUGUGCCUCGCAUAGAUGAUCUGCCAGAUGCGGCAAGUGGGUGUAAGGUCUUCUCCAAGAUCGACCUCAAAUCUGGUUACCACCAGAUUGAAGUUGAUCCGAGCGCCCAGCAUAAAACUGCAUUCAAGACACGCGAUGGGCUGUAUGAAUUCAUCGUUAUGCCCUUCGGUCUUACGAAUGCACCGGCCACAUUUCAGUGCCUCAUGGACAAGGUUCUUCGCCAUCAGCUCAACAGGUUUGUUGUUGUUUACCUCGACGACAUCCUGAUUUUCAGCAAGUCCAUGGAAGAGCACGUCAAGCACCUUGAGGAAGUUUUGCAGGUCCUCAAGGAGGCGCAACUGCACCUCAACUUAGAGAAAUAUGAGUUUGGAAGGGACAGCGUCAUCUAUCUUGGGCACCGGUUGUCUGCAAACGGCCUUGAGUCGGAGGCAACCAAGGUUGAGGUCAUCCGAAAGUGGCCUCAACCAGCGAACGUACGCGAACUGCGUUCUUUUCUUGGUCUAGCCUCAUAUUACCGGAAGUUUGUGCCCAAAUUUUCUGUCAUUGCUCACCCACUCUCGAGACUAACAAGCAAGAAUGUUGCCUAUGCGUGGUGUGAGAAAUGUGAGACUGCGUUCCAAGCCUUGAAAGAGGCAUUGGUGAAUCAUCUUGUGCUCCGCAUUGCGGAUCCCAACCUCACAUUCGUAGUCACUACGGACGCGGGCCAGUUUGGGAUUGGUUGUAGUGCUGCAACAAGAUGAUGGUGAUGGCCUGCGUCCGCUGGAAUACUACAACAAACGCAUGCCCAGCCA